AUGCCAAGUCAGACGAGGAAGACCCAUUUUAAGACUGUCCAACAGUUCACGACAGAUUAUGCUCCUGUUUCUGUCUCGCAGUAUGUCUCUGAACGGACUGGCAUGAAUGUUGUGGUCGCAGAUCAGAAAGGGCCAAAAGUACAAGGAUAUUUCACCUUAGCCACGGAGAUUUUCGAUGAUUCUGGUUCACCUCAUACGCUAGAACAUUUGAUUUUCAUGGGAUCUAAGAGCUACCAAUACAAAGGUCUCUUGGACAAAUUAGCCUCGAGAGCCUACUCCAACACGAACGCAUGGACCGCUACUGACCAUACAGCUUAUACGCUAGAUACUGCUGGAUGGGAAGGUUUUGCACAAAUUUUACCUGUUUACCUCGAGCAUGUGAUUGUGCCAACUUUGACUGACGAAGGAUGCUACACCGAGGUUCAUCAUAUUGAUGGCGAGGGCAACGAUGCUGGAGUUGUGUAUUCUGAGAUGCAAGGUGUUCAGAACACUGGCGGCGAGAUCAUGGAUAUCACCGCAAGGCGACUUCUAUAUCCCAAGAACGUCGGUUUCCGUUAUGAGACUGGAGGAUUGAUGGAGAACCUACGAGUCUUGACAGCCGAGCGAAUCCGAGCAUUUCACAAGGAAAUGUAUCAACCGAAGAACUUGUGCCUGGUACUAGUUGGGGAAGUGGACCAUAACAAUCUGCUGCAGAUCCUGGAUGAUUUCGAGGAAACCAUCCUAGACGACAUCCGUUCCCCUUCUGCACCUUUCAAACGACCAUGGGUAGAGUCUGCACAACCUCCAGGAAUUAAGGAGACAAUCGUCAAGACAGUAUACUUUCCUGAAGAAGAUGAGUCCAUGGGAGACAUCUCAAUCGGCAUGUUUGGACCUGACUGCAAUGAUGCUCUUCAAACUGCGGCAUUGAACGCUCUUCUGACCUAUCUCGCCGGCUCCUCCGUUUCCAUACUCGAGAACGUCAUGGUUGAACAGGAAGAACUUGCCAGUCAGAUUGGGUACUACUGGGACUCGCGACCAAACACAGUCAUCUGGCUACAGCCAGCUGGUGUCGCAACCGAAAAGCUCGCGCAUGUUGAGAAGCGGGUCUUUGAAUUACUUGAGGAAGUAGCUUCGAAGCCUCUCGACAUGAGCUAUAUGAAAGAUUGUGUUCGAAGAGAACGUCGACAGAUUAAGUUUCAAGCUGAGAGCUCAUCUAGCUUCUAUGCCACUGCCAUUAUCAAUGAUUUCCUCUUUGGAAAGAGAGAUGGAUCGACUUUGAAAGACUUAAGCACACUCAGCGAGUACGAUAUUCUUGAGAAUUGGACUGAUCAGGAGUGGAGAGACUUCUUGAGGAAAUGGAUGAUCGAUGCUCCUCAUAUCUCCUUGCUAGGAACGCCCUCCAAGGAGAUGGCAGAGAAGAUCAAAACUACCGAAGAAGCCAGAAUAGCUGCGAGAAAGAAGAAAUUGGGUGAAGAAGGUCUUGCAAAACUUGCCGAGAAGUUGAAGGCAGCGAUCGAGAAGAAUGAUGUGGAGAUCCCCAGCUCUGUUCUUCAACAAUGGCCUGUACCUGGCGUCGACUCUAUCCACUUCAUCAAUUCCAUCAGUGCCAGAUCUGGUCUAGCCAAAAAGCUUGGCACUCCGUCCAAUAACAUACAGCAUAUCAUCGAUUCUUCGAAGUCUGAUCUGCCUAUGUUCAUUCAAUUUGAGCACGUUCCUACAAACUUUGUCCACCUCACCCUGCUCAUUGGGACUUCACAGAUCAAGACCGAACAUCGACCGCUGCUCCCUCUAUUCAUCGACAAUUUCUUCAAUACCCCAAUCAUGCAAGAUGGGAAGAAAGUCGGCUUUGAAGAAGUCGUCACUCGAUUGGAGCAGGAUACCAUCAGCUAUGCCAUGAACGGAGGAUCUCGACUUUCAGAUCCAGAAGGACUGGUAAUACAAUUUCAAAUCGAGCCUGAAAAGUAUGCCACGGCGAUCGAGUGGAUUCGAACCAUGAUGUUUGACAGUAUCUUCGACGAGACGAGGCUUAAUGCAGGCAUGUCCAAGAUGCUAGCUGAUAUACCAGAGUCGAAGCGUAAUGGCAACACUAUGAUGUACGCAGUCGAUGCGAUGAUUCAUCUUGACAACGACUCUCUGUAUAAAGCCCGCGGCACGCUCGUCAAAGCUGUGUAUAUGAAGCGUCUCAAGAAACUGCUCACGAAGGAGCCAAAGACUGUAUUGUCUUGGUUGGAAGAACUUCGAAAGUCCUUGUUUACCUUCAACAACAUGCGAGCCCUGGUCAUCGCGAAUCUGGAAAAGCUACCUGAGCCAGUGGAUGCCUGGAAGCCUCUCGUUGCUGGUCUGGAUACUAAGGAGCCAUUGUUGCCAAUCAUCAAGAUGUCACAAAGACUCAGUCCUGAUGGCAAGAAUCCCGGUAACUACGGCACGGUCGUGAUUCCCAUGCCUACAAUCGACUCCUCCUUCUGCAUCUCCUCCACAAAGGGCCCAACCUCGCCUACCGAUCCCGUCGUUCCCGCACUCAUGGUUGCCAUCUCAUUCCUCGAGGCCGUCGAGGGACCUCUUUGGACCGCCAUCCGCGGUAAAGGCCUCGCAUAUGGAGCAAACUUCAAACGCGACCCCGAUGGAGGCUUCAUUCAAUUCUCCGUCUACCGCUCACCAGAUGCAUAUCGCGCCUUCGCAGCCGGUAAAGCAAUCUUACAAUCAUACAUCGACGGAACGUCCAAGUUCGAGACUCCUGCUUUGGAAGGCGCUAUCAGCGGUAUCGUGGCCGCGUUCGCGGAUGAGCAGACUACGAUGGCGGCUGCUGGGCAAUUCCACUUCAUUAACAGCGUUGUCAGGGAGGUGGAUGAUGAUUAUAGCUCCAAGCUGCUAACUGCUGUGCGCAAUGUUACGGUGGAUGAGAUUAAGACUGUUAUGAACGACAUCUUGAUGUGUUCCUUCACGCCGGGCAAGUCGAACGUUGUGGUCACGUGUGCGCCGAUUAUGGAGGAGGGUAUCGUGAAGGGGUUCACGGAACUUGGUUUCAAGACGCAGGUUCAGGCUUUGUCGAGCUUCCAGGAGAGUUAUGGGCUGGAGGCGGAUGAAGAUGAGGGCCAGGAUGAUGAUGAGGACGAGGAUGAGGAUAUGGAGGAUGAUUCUGAGGGAGGAGAAGGUGAGGAUUCUGAGGAGGAUUAG